GAAAUGGGACCAAAUAAAUGAAGGUGCGAGAGCCAGACGACGGAAAAGUCCCUCUUCUCCUUUGCAGCCUCUAUUCGCCGGCGCUGCGGUGGCUGUCUCGCCGGCGUUCUCCUGAUCGUCUCAAUUUUCGGUUCUUUGACUCUACGGCGGAGAGAGGGGAAAGUGAGAAAGCUUCUUUACUAUUUGGGGGAAAAUGACGAGAUUGCAGCUGAACUUGACGACGGCCAUGGAGAUGGGAGUUACGGCAUCCAGCUGGUGGAAUGACAUCAACGAAUCUACUUUCUGGCAGGAUCGGAUUUUUUACUCUCUCUGUGCUGUAUAUGCUGUAGUCUCCGCCGUUGCUCUGAUUCAAUUGAUAAGGAUCGAACUGAGAGUUCCUGAAUAUGGCUGGACAACACAGAAAGUUUUCCAUCUCAUGAACUUCAUUGUGAAUGGAGUACGCGCAAUUGUGUUUGGGCUCCACAUGCAAGUGUUUCUUUUGCAACCAAAGGUUCUGCUAUCGUUAUUAUUGGAACUCCCUGGUCUACUUUUUUUCUCUACUUACACGCUCCUGGUCCUCUUCUGGGCAGAGAUAUACCACCAGGCUAGAAGUCUGCCAACGGAUAAACUCAGAAUAGUUUACAUUUCAAUCAACAGUGUGGUAUAUCUCAUACAGGUUUGCAUUUGGAUAUACAUCGGGGUGGAUGACAACAGUGUGGUGGAACUCGUUGGAAAAAUUUACAUUGCAGUGGUGUCGUUCAUAGCUGCAAUAGGCUUCUUGAUAUAUGGUGGAAGAUUAUUUUUCAUGCUCAGACGUUUUCCAAUUGAAUCUAAAGGGAGAAGGAAGAAACUUCAUGAGGUUGGAUCUGUGACCGCCAUAUGCUUUACCUGCUUCCUCAUUCGAUGCUUUGUGGUUGCUCUAUCUGCUUUCGACGCAGAUGCAUCACUCGACGUUUUAGAUCACCCCCUCCUGAAUUUCAUCUACUAUUUGUUGGUCGAAAUUCUGCCUUCAGCAUUAGUUCUUUACAUAUUACGCAAGUUGCCUCCUAAGAGAAUAUCAGCUCAAUACCACCCCAUUCGCUAGUUAAUAUCCAUGUUGCAUGCAAAACACUUCCCCAACUUGGGGUUGGUUUUUAAUUAUCUUGGAAUUGAGAAUCCUUACUGGAAGAAACAAGGCAUGAAAGUUGGGUGUAAUGUGGCAUCUGCUGUUGCAUGUGAUGCCAGAAUAACCAAGCUGUGUUUGCUGCUGGCUGACAGCAAUCUGUAACUCUUCUCUUGGUAUUGUCUGAUUCGAACAACCCAUUCCAUUUGGAUCUAAAUGUGCACAAAUUCUAGAUUUCUGUAAGAUUAGUUGUUGUGUUUCGAUCCGCUUUGUUGUUCUUGUCCUGUAAUUUUGUUUACUAUUUGACCAGUGGAUUGCUAGGUGUUCUUCUCAA